CCGCGUAGAGGCGCUUCAGUCGCUUCAGCAAGAUGGCCACGCUGGAUCAAUGAAACGCGAGAAAUCGUAGUAAAAACAGAAAUUGACAAGUGCGCGGUGGAAUAUCGAGGGCCGAUCACGGUGUAAAUGGAACAUGGGGAAGGAACAUGAGCUGCUCGAGGCAGCGAGGAACGGAAACGUCACCGUGGUCGAGAAAAUACUCGUACAAAGAGCCAAGAGGAGUGGUCCACUGGCAAGUUUACGGCGGGGUCCAGGUGCUAACGUGCAAGAUGCCAGUGGAUAUACGGCCCUUCAUCAUGCAGCACUCAAUGGUCGUCGUGAAAUAGUGAAGUUAUUGCUCCAAUACGAGGCUUCCACAAACGUCGUAGAUGCUAAAGGAUCUUCGCCACUUCAUUUGGCAGCUUGGAAAGGAGAUACUGAAAUCGUGCGGUUAAUUCUUAGCCAAGGACCUUCGGUACCUAAAGUUAAUCUAGCGACAAAGGACAAUGAGACGGCCUUGCAUUGUGCCGCACAAUAUGGACACACGGAAAUAGUGGCACAGCUGUUGGACUACGGAUGCGAUGCAAGUAUCCGCAACAGCCGUGGAGAAUCUGCUCUCGACCUAGCAGCGCAAUAUGGCAGAUUGGAGACAGUGGAAUUACUCGUGCGAACCCAUCCAGAGUUGAUUGAAUCUUUACGAAAUUCUUCCUCGUCUUUAAUCUUCCCACAUACUCCGUUGCAUUUAGCAUCACGUAAUGGACAUAGGGCCGUUGUGGAAGUUCUGCUUGCUGCGGGAGUGGACGUCAACACAAGAACGUCUGCUGGCACAGCGAUGCACGAGGCGGCACUUUGCGGUAAGAUGGAGGUUGUCCGAGCUCUUCUGGACAGAGGCGUGGAUUUGGGAAUCAGGGACUCUCGUCAAAACACCGUUCUGGACCUUUUGGGACAAUUUCCGCCACACGUCACCCAAGAUAUUACAGCUGUAAUAAAGAGGCACAGGUCCUCUUCCGGAGUGGAAAGCGAUGCCGACAGUGAGAACUUGCCACCGAUUCCGGUUCAGGGUGGCGACUCAUUGGGCAGCCCUUACGAGAACGUACGCCCAGGGGAUGAUCUUUCUCCGGCGGAAGGGACGUCGCCCACCCAAUGGCAGUUCUAUCAUAAGCCUCGGGACGAUGAUCGUCGUGUUUCCGGAACUUCCGUUAUUUCUUUGGGUUCGGAUAGUGGAUUGUAUCAAACACCACCUGUACCAAGAGGAACCAUGGAGGGUAGUUUCGUGUCGGAGGAUCUGUCCUUGACAUUGCCCACAGGAUAUGGUGGUAACAGGGAGUCCGAUCAAUUGAGCGUUUCCUCGUCCUCUAGCGUUGGUGGACCAAGCCCACGGGAACGACGAUGUUUGCCCAACGAUUCUGGUGCCCCUGGGAUUUACUUACCAAUGGCGCCCCUAUCCAGCUCGCUUCAUAGCCCUGCCUCUAAUAGCAAAGUCUCGCCAACACCACCGAAGAAACCACCGAGGCGUAACCUAUCGGUUUCGCCAACGCACCUGCAGACUCAAAUGUCACUUUCGGCGGACUGUUCGUUGGGUCCGAGUAACUACGAAUACUUGUUCUUGGCGCGUAGCGGUGCGCGUAGUCACAUAGAUCUCGAGCAGCUACAAAAACGUCGUGAGCAGUUACGACACGUAACGAGAAGCGUUGACCAGUACGUUGAGAUGAAAUCUCGUUUCGUGCCGUCCAUGGAAAGUGGUACCAAUCGACGAGAGGGAAUGCAGAUAGCGACAGCAACGACAACAUCUAAUACCAACGUAGAACCAAUAGCAAUAACGUCGAUUUACGAGAAUCGUCCAAUAAAAAUGUUAAAUCCACGAAGGAAACUUCGUAGACACGCUUACGAAGGCUAUGAGCUUGAUAACAACGGUCCUUGCGUCGACAAAUCGCCAUGCAGUGAAAACGACUCGAUACACCAGGAACAAACCUUCGUCUCUAACGCUUUUCUCACCUUGAAGUCUUCCCAAGAGAGCUUGCUAGACGAAAAACGAGAAACUCCAGACGGUGGGCUUACAAUGAUGGUUCAGGAUGGUAGAGAGGCCACGGAUAAGAGACUCAGGCGUGUGCAAAUGAUGUUCCCCACGAGCCCAACUCAUUACGUUCAACCACCGACUCCCGAUCAUCCACCACCUUCUGCCAUGCAAGCUGAAAAGUCGAUUCACGAACGUAUUCGUCCAUUGAGCCAGGUGUACAAAAGAAGAUCCCACGAUAUGGAAACGGAAACUGACGAGGAUUUGCUACAGUUUCCAGCAAGCGGUUCUCUCGAUGCAUCCAGCGGAUCUUUGUCGAGUGUUUCUCUUUCGGACAAGAGCAUGUCCACCGACAACGUUGAGGAAUACUUUGGAGACGUGCCCUUCGCAGGUUUGUUAAAGGGUUCCGUCACGGCGGAGCGGCCGCGUACAUUGCGCCGCUUGCGGAACGUUUACGGACAAUCUGCAUGCGGAAUAGGAACCGGCGGGGAGGGUGGCGGAGGUGGUGGUGGAGAGCGUCCAGAAGACGACGAAGUAAAUUUCCGAUUAUCGGAUAGGGAUCGGGAGAGAGACGAAAAAUCUCUUAGCAUAAUGAGUCCUUUCGAUGAACAAGAAGAAUGGGCUAAAAUUUCUGAGAUAAUGGCAUCUUUCGGUACGGGACUCGUUCGAGAAUCGGUUUUUGUUACAGAACUUGAAAAAGAAUUCCAAACGAGAUUAGGUUUAAGUUCUGAUACUAGCAGUAGUCCUAUUGUUUCCACGUCGAUUGGUCAAUGGUUAGCGAGUUUAGGACUCGCUGAUUACGAAUCUCUUUUCAUAGACUACGGUUUUGAUGAUCUCGAGUUUAUAAAUGGAGUUCUGGAUGAGUCCGACUUGAGAGACAUGGGAAUCAAUAGUGAUCAAGAACGUGCGAUAAUCAUAGACGCCGCUGGUUUGUUGAAUAAACGUGUGGAGAAACGUCUCGGUAAUCACUGUCAAAGCGUGGACGAAUGGUUGAAAAGCAUUCACAUGGAGAACUAUAUGGAAACCUUUAGAAAACAUCUUUACACUGACAUGGAUCGCGUUAGUCGUAUUUGGGAAGUCGAGUUGGCAGCAGUAUUAGAAAUUCAAAAGCCGGCACAUCGAAAACGAAUUUUGGCUUCGGUCAGUGGACCGAAUCCUCGACCUCAAACGCGGAAUGGCACUGGUCCUAACCUGGAGGAUCUUAAUAAGGAUCUAAACACCUUGAAAACAAACAUACAACAACUGAAGGAGGAAAUACGAGAAAAAUUGCCGGAAACAACGGGAGAAAGUAAUGGGAGUGUACCGGUACCCGUGCCAAAUUCGACGAACACGGGUACACUUAGGCAUCGCAAAAACAGACCAGCUCCACAACCACCUCAGCGACCAAGUUCGCACAACGGUGCGAUUACUGCUCCUGAACAGCUCGAAAUCAGAGCACCCUCGGAACUAUUAUUUGGUGUACCAUCUACCUUGAAAACGCAAUGGAGGCAUCAACCCAAGGCUCUAGUCACUGGUUGCGUCACUUACGUCGCCAACUACCUGGGCUCCACCGUUGUGAAAGAGUUAAGAGGCACUGAGUCUACCAAGAAAUCUAUUCAGAAACUUAAGAAGACUUGUCGUGACACCAGAGUCACGCCUGACAUAAUCCUUGCUAUCUCUUAUCGAGGCGUUCGCUUUCUAAAUACAUUGACCAAUGAGCCGAUAUGCGAACAUGAGAUACGCAACAUUCACUGUGCUUGUCAGGAUGCCGACGAUCUCACACAUUUUGCCUACAUCACUAAGGAUCACGCGAGUCGCACGCACUUCUGUCAUGUAUUCUGCGUGCCAACAAUGGACCAAGCAACCGAAGUCAUCCUAACACUGGGCCAAGCAUUCGAGGUAGCUUAUCAGAUGGCAUUGAGGGACAAGUUAGGGGGACACGCCGUGCGUUCUCAAUCGGCCAAUCAGUUAGUUUCGCUCACGGGCACGACUAAAUCCAGUGGGAUAAUAGCAAAGACAUCCUCUCCCGAUUCAACUAUUGAACAGGUCCGAGAAAGCGAUCAUGAGAUCACUGCAAUCAUUCCAAGUAAUCACAAUUCAACAUCGAAUCUCAAAGCGAAGUCACGAUCCAAGUCCAUUCCUAAUCCCAAUGGUCAUUCCGUGAGCACCUCGCAAGAAACCAACUCCAGUUCCAGUUCUGGUUCUAACGUAACAACCAACUGUACGAAUUCUGCGUCGAGUCCUAGCUCGAACUCAGUUGCUAGCUCGCAUUCGAAUACCAGUACCAACCAAACUACCACAAAAUCUCUAUUAACUCAUGGUCGUUCUCACUCCGUAAAUGACAUCAAGGUGAACGGGAAUCAACUGAAAUUAGCCCCUCCGGUACCAGUAGACGACAUAGGAGUCGGUGUCAAAGAUAUGAAACCUGGUUCUCGAGCACCUAUAGCUCUAUCCGAGGAACUUUAAACUAUUUUCUUCGGAUUAAUUGGAUUAUAAUUGGGUAUAUGUAUUUUUAGAUUCGAUAAUCGUUCGUCGAUUUCGAUCGGUCUCGGACUUAUAAUAUUAUUUUUGGCCUACUAUCGAGAAUUCAUCGAUCGUUCAUUCGUUCAACGAUUUAUGAGUAUUCCCUCGCGUUAUUUCUAGCGAUUUUUCGCUUUAUUGUCUUUCUUAUUAAGAUUACAAUAAAGUCGAAUAAUUGCGAUUGAAAUGUAAAUCAUCGUUUGGGAUUUUGCUCGAACCUAGUCACACUAACAGUAGAAUGCAAUCGGAAGAACGUGAAUAUUUCUUUCGAAUUAAUAACGAACCAUCGAUUGAACUUCGAAGAUACGAAGAUCCCGUUGGUGAUAAUACCGUUUUAUCAACCUGUUAAAUUUCUAAUUUCUGUACAACAUAACUUAGGUAUGUAUAUUCUGGCAAGGUAACAUCGUGCACACUUUCAACUACUUUUAAACGUAUGUACAUUCAUAGGGUCUUGAAAAUACGCGAAGGUAAGUAACGAAUAUUAUUUCUUCAAUGCCGAAAUACUCUGUGAUUUUAUCGAUGCACACGUUGAUCAAUCGGUUAAAUUCACGAAGACUUUUUCAAAAUUUGGAAUUAUAAUUUGCAAUAUUAUAUUGGUCAUUAUCAUAUAUUUCGAUAACCAUGACCACACACAAAUAUAUGAAUAUAAUAUAUAUUUUAUUUUUUGAAGAUAAUUGAAUUACGUGACAAUCGUGAUAAAAACUACGAAACUUCCUACGUACUCGUAGAACUUUAUACAAAAGUAUAUUUAUUUGGUGAAGAGAAAUGCAUUAGCGAGUUGCUAUCAUGAAAAUUUGUAAGAUUUUAAACGCGUGCAUUAAUAUUUUCCAAUAUUAUUCGUAAUUAAUCUUAAACGUAUUCGCGUAUUUUGAGCUUAUGUCACGUAUUCUUACAUGAGUAAUAAUAUAUAAAAAAAAAGUGAAGUACAUAUGCGUCAUAUUAUCCCAACGUAAGACCGCUUUAUUAAGUUCGAGUCGAUUUAUCUGUCACAUUCCCAUUAAAAAAAAUGGAAGGGAAAAAUGGGAGAAAAAACUUAGUGUAUCAUGACCCUCGUAAACACAACAUAAAUACAUAUUACACAGAUACCGCUUCAUCGACCCUUCCAAUUAAUUAUUAGCAAUGACUGAGAUUCUGAGGCUGAAAAAAAAACAAGAAAUCAAUCUUUUUCCGUCAAUCGAAAAAGAUUGGACGCGAAAGUUGCGUGACGUUCGAUCACUACAUUUCUCUGAAUAAUUUUUCGAUGAUUUUUUUUUUCAAAUUUCUCCAAUUUCCCCAUUCAAAGUGGCCACUGUUUUUUCGAUGUUUUAUUAUUCAAGACUGAGAGUCCUUAUCUCGUUUGAUACUUCGCGUUAAGCAUAAUAUUAUUAUAAUGAUUAUAUAUAUAUUACAUAUACGUAUAGAUAACAGUAGCUGUAUUUAUUGUGUAUUAACUAAUCCGACGAACCUCGCGAUUAAAUGACGAUGCUUUAGCAAGAGAACGCGAAAAAAAAAUAUAGAAAUAUAUAAAUCUAUAUAUUAUAGAUGGUAUAUUUAUAUAUGCAUAUGUACUAUAU